AUGCAUGCUUCGAAACUUCAUCACAAUGGAAAGCUUAUUGAAGAACUUAAGAAGUUGCUAAAUGUCACUUUCAAGCUCAAAGACCUUGGGAUUUCUAUCUCACAAAGGCAUUAUACUCUUCAAAUUCUAGAAGUUGUUGGUCUUCUUGGUGCAAAGCCUAUGAAUGUCUCAAUGGAUCCCAAUGUUAAACUUAGGAAUUUUGACCAAGAUCUACUCAGUGAUCCAUCAUCUUAUAGAAGGCUAAUCGGGAGACUCAUAUACUUAACCAUUUCUAGACUGGAUAUUGUGUCUUCUGUCAACAAACUCAGUCAGUUUGUGGCUAAGCCUUGUAAGGCUCAUCUAUCAGCAACUCAUCACUUAUUGGGGUACUUGAAAUCAGCCCUCGGGCAAGGUAUUUUUAUAUCCUCUGCAGAAACCUUCCAACUUCGUGCCUUUGCAGAUUCUAAUUGGGCUUCUUGCCCUAACACAAGAAAGUCUACAUUCGAUUUUUGCAUAUUUAUAGGUAAUUCUCUUGUUUCUUGGGAAUCUAAAAAGUAG